AUGUAUUGGGAAGACAACAUGAUGGCAUAUGAGUUUGGAUUUGUAUAGAGCAUAGAUGAAGUAAAAUACGAGCAAAAAGCAUCAGUGAAAGAAAGUAAUAUUAGUUAACCACCUCCAACCCUACGCUACUAAUCAGCUACUGGUAGAAGGAAAAACAAUGAUAGAGUCAACUCGGAACGCGGCAUGAAUUAUAAGAUACGAACGUCAAUGUUUUGAUUAGAUUGCAUAAAACGCGUGCAAAAUCUCUCGCAGCGACAUUAAGAUAGAUUCGUUUAAGUAGUAAUCAAAUACGAGUUAUGUUACAUAAGAAGAAAAAACAGAUCUUAUCCUUAUAGAAACGAUACAAACAAGUAAAUCUUCAUUUACUUAAUAGUUUGUUCUAUGUUCAGGCUCAGGCUCAAGCCCAGGCUCAAGCUAAGGCUUAAGCUCAGGCUUAAGCUCAGGCUCAGGCUCAAGCUAAGGCUCAGGCUCAGGCUCAGGCUCAGGCUCAGGCUCAGGCUCAAGUUCAAGUUCAAGCUCAGGCUCAGGCUCAGGCUCAGGCUCAGGCUCAGGCUCAAGCUCAAGCUCAGGUUCAAGCUCAGGCUCAGGCUCAAGCUAAAGCUCAGUCUCAGACUUAG